CUUAUUCGUUCCUUUUUCUCUCUCUAAUCUCUCUCUCUCUCUCUCUCUCUCUCCUCUGUGGAAAGCGCCAUCCUCCGUCUUCCGCCAUGUCUUCUUCCUCGAUUCCUUCACUUGCCGAAACCUAACCAGACGCUGAGAUUCUCUGAGAGGAGAGGUUGUUCCGGUUGAAUUUGCAGAGUUUUCCGAGGUGCAACUGGCGGAAAUUGGCGAUGUCUCUGAGAAUAAAGGCGGUGGUGGAUAAAUUCGUGGAGGAGCUGAAGGAAGCCUUGGAUGCGGACAUUCAGGACCGAAUCAUGAAGGAGAGAGAGAUGCAGAGUUACAUCGAAGAGCGUGAACGCGAGGUCGCUGAGCGGGAAGCUGCUUGGAAGGCCGAGCUCUCACGUCGUGAGGCAGAGAUUGCACGUCAAGAAGCAAGGUUGAAGAUGGAGAAGGAAAAUCUGGAAAAGGAGAAAAGUGUACUAAUGGGAACUGCAUCAAAUCAAGACAAUCAAGAUGGAGCUCUUGAAAUUACUGUGAGUGGUGAGAAGUACCGAUGCCUCAGGUUUGCAAAGGCCAAAAAAUGAGGCUGACAUAAUGAUAUGAUAGUAAAAAAGGGGACAAAAAAAGGUAGCUUCUUGUUCAUUCCUAUUUUUUUCAAAGCAAAAUCAUUAGUCUUGAAAGCUUCUAAGAUGUACAUGUAGGUAAUUAUUUGUUACAUUAUCAUGAUGCUAGCAGCCUUUUUUUUUU